AUGCGCUAUGUUGCUCUCUGCAUUCCGCUCAUUAUCGCCUCCAUGGCUCUUGCUCUCGUCACUGGCGCAGAGGCUCGUGCUCUGCCGCAUGAAUCCCCCGCUUCCUCUUCACUCACUCGUCGUGCCGACACCGUUUCCGUCCCGAGUGCCGACAACUUCGUCGUUGGUAGCAUUAUCGGCCAGGCCCCGACGACGAGGAACUUCAACUUUGUCGUCUCUGAGAUGGAUGGUGCUCCCGAUGGCUUCAACAAGACCAUGCUCGUCGUCAAUGGGCUGUUCCCUGGCCCGACCAUCGAGGCUAACCAGGGCGAUCAAAUUGUCGUGACGGUCACCAACCAGCUUUCGACUAGGACAACGAUUCACUGGCACGGCUUGUAUCAGAACGGCACAAACUACUAUGACGGCACGGCAUCCGUCACGGAGUGUGGCAUUCCCCCCGGCGAAUCGCUGACCUACGACUUCUCGGUCGCGGAAUUUUCAGGCACGACUUGGUGGCAUUUACAGCUGACACACGUGGACACGCAGUAUACUGAUGGGAUCGAGGGCGCGCUCAUCAUCCACCCAACGUCCUACCCCUCCAACUUCCCCACCUGGGACGAGGACCUCGUCGUCGAGCUGGCCGAUGUGUACCACACAAUCAGCAGCACUAUUGUUUCAGAGUAUCUCUCGGGUACUAGCAGCCCGUCCGGGCAGAGUGGACUUGCACUCGAGACUCCGGAUAGCGGGGCUAUUAACGGUAUCGGUCAAUAUGAUGGCAGCACAAACUACUUCGACUUCAACCUGCAGCCUAACAAGACCUAUCGUCUGCGCCUCAUCCAUGAGGGCUCUGCCGCACAGAUCCGCUUCUCCAUUGACUAUCAUGCGCUGACUGUCAUCGAAGCCGACAGCACGCUCACCGAACCCUACACCGUCGAAGGCAUCACUCUCGCCGUCGCGCAGCGCUACUCUGUGCUCAUCACUACGAACCAGACGGCUGAGCCCCAAGGCAACUACUGGAUUCGCGCCGAGCUCAUUAGCGGGCUUACCGUCUCAGGCACCAACUCGGACAUUCGUGGGAUCAUCAGGUACGAUAACAGCACCGACACCCCGACAACCUCGACCGACCCUGGCGUGCCAAACUCGGGUCUCUCAGACCUGAAUGUCGCCUCGCUCACCCCCGCCAUCUCCAACACCCCGCCGAGUAGCACCAAAUCCUACACCGUGGACUUCAGCAUCGGCGUGACGAGCAGUGGCGGAGCGAUUGCAGCCAUGAACGGCACGAGCUGGACGCCGCUUUCGGGCACAUCCACCCUGCUGCAGAUCGUGGAUGCCGCUAAGAAUGGCUCGACUUACGCCGCGGAGGGUUCCAGCGUGGAGCCGGACAACCAGUUCAUCAUCACCGAGGACGACAUCCAGGUUGUUGACCUCUUGCUGGUGAACACGGGCCCUGGAGCGCAUCCGUUCCACCUUCACGGCCACACUCCUUACGUCAUGGGCUUCGGCACGGGCUCAUUCGACGGCACCGGGCUCAACACCGUGAACCCUAUAACCCGCGACACUUACCUCGUCCCCAGCGGUGGCUGGCUCAUGGCGCGCUUCAUUACCGACAAUCCCGGAAUUUGGACCAUCCACUGCCAUAUCGCUUGGCACAUGGCCGCCGGCUUGCUCAUGCAGGUCAACAGUCUACCCUCCAAGUCGUCACAAUUCGACAUCCCGCAGGCCAUCCUCGACCAAUGCAGCGCCUAA